AUGGCGCCCGAACUCAGAAAGCGAAAAGCUGCUCCCGACGCUCAAAAGAGCAACGGAGCCGCGACCAAGGCCAUGGAGAAGCAGACCAAGACGAAGCGCAAGGCUGCCGAGGAUGCUUCCCCUGUGUCCCUGAAGAAGCAAAAGCCGACGAAGAAGACGGAAGUCGCGGAGAAGCCCAAGAAGGCAGACAAGCCCGCGAAGGCGGGAAAGCCCAAGAAGGCCGCCAAGCCGGCGCCGGUCGAGGAAAAGGUCGAGGACGAGCAGGUCGACGGCGACUCAGAAUCGGAGGAGCAGCAAGAGGACGGCGGCGUUCUCCUGUUGGCUGACGAGCUGGACUCGGAAGACGAGGAGGGCGCGGACGAGGCGGCCGACUUCAAGCCCGGGCAAGACGUGGGCAAGGUCCCGGCCAUCUCCAAGGAGGUCAUGAAGGCGGCCAAGGCGCCGACGGGCGAGCGCGGCGUCAUCUACAUCGGCCGCAUCCCCCACGGUUUCUACGAGCACGAGAUGCGUCAGUACCUGACGCAGUUCGGCCCCAUCACCCGGCUCCGCCUGUCGCGCAACAAAAAGACGGGCGCCAGCAAGCACUUUGCGUUUGUCGAGUUCGAGGAGGAGACGACGGCCGAGAUCGUCGCCAAGACCAUGGACAACUACCUACUGUUCGGCCACAUCCUCAAGGUCAAGGUGGUGCCCAAGGGCCAGAUCCACGAGAACCUCUUCAAGGGAGCCAACCGGAGGUUCAAGAAGGUGCCCUGGAACAAGAUGGCGGGCCAGAAGCUGGCCAGGCCGCUCACUGAGUCCGCCUGGGCGUCCAAGAUGGACAGGGAGCGUGAGAGCCGCGCCAAGAAGGCCGAGAAGCUCAAGGCCCUGGGCUACGAGUUCGAGGCGCCCGCGCUCAAGGACGUGCCGGCGCCGCUGCCCAUCGAGAACGGCGAGGCCGAGGGCGAGACCAAGGCCAUUGAGGCUGCUCCGGCGGCCAAUGAGGCCGAGAAGGAGGCAGAGGUGGAGGAGCCGGAAGCCGAGGUCAAGACGAUAUCUGCACCCAAGCCCAAGGCGACCAAGGCGAAGACCUCAAAAGCCGGGAAGGGGAAAAAGUCAAAGGCCUAA